AUCUUCAAAACGGCCGAUCAUUGCUUUUUUUCCCAAUCAUUCAUAAGCCCGUGCUCCAAAUGGGCCAGUAACGGUAAAAUUUUGUUUUCAUUUGUUGGUCCUCUCGUUCAAAGGGCCGACGACCGAAAAUUUCACGAACAGCUCUCAGCCCGAGCGCCAAGAGAGAGAAUUCUCUCUCUCUCUCUCAAUAACGGCCAAGCCUUGAUACGAUGUCAACAACGGACUCACUCGGGGGACCAACACACGCUAAGAAAAUUUUAUAAAGACAAUAAGGCUUACACCGGGUGAAAUUUUUCAAAUUAGCUUAACAUGUUUAUCUAUAAUUUUUCAUACUUUUUUGAUAAUUUUUGAUGCAAACUUGAUUAUUGAAGCAUAGAUACAUCUUUUCUUGUGUCAUUAAAACGAAAAGCAUGUUGAAAAAUCCGAAAACUUUGAAAUACGAAUAGGAAAUGUGAUGGAAAAUGUUUGCAUCGAUUUUUCUCAAUGUUUACGUUCAGGGGAUAGGCCCUUUUCAAAUGUAACGCGAGAUAUUGGGUAUUGAUUCCCUUAUUAGGCAUGUGGCUCCCAUUUUCAUCCUACGAAAAACAAAGGAAUAAAUCACUGUUUGUUUUGUUUCUCAUUUUUGAUUUUUUUUUGGUAGAAGUGAGUACGCAUGAAAAUAUAAAGAAUGGAAUCAAUCGGUGCCGUAAUAGCUUGUUUUCGAAUAGGAUAAAUUUUGGAGCAUGAGAUUACAAAUGGCACUCUUAUCCCAAGUCAUAAACGCUCAAAAUUUUAUUACAUUUGGUUAAUUCAAUCCGGAGUUAUAGCAGAUCAAAGUUGGCUAUCAAACAGGUAUGACUUUUAAUAGAAUCUUUAUAACUUUGUAUAGAAUAGCUCGAUCUUUCCCAAAUUUGGACCAUUGAUGGUUGACCGACAAACUCACAAUAAAAAUUUGAAAAAUUCUGAUGCAUCUUUCGAAGAAUCACAGCUAGCUGACCAUUUUUUUGAAAAGUGGAAAUUUUGAAUGUCCCGAUCAUUUUGUCUAUCACCUGUAUCUCAAGAAAAUAGCAUGUUGUUAGAAGUUAAUACUACCCUUUCGACCAGAUUCUGCUUUUUUCAUAGUUCUUUAUCUAUCGAUAGAGCUCUCUUUGGUAGAUUUUAUAGUUUCUCAAAACUGAGGGAGUUAGAAGCAAAGGGGUGUAUGUGACAAAAACCCACAUUCUAGUAAAGGAAGUUUAAAGUUUUUCACCAAUUUUUCAUCCUAUACAAAAUGUAUGGAGUUUCAAAAUCGACCCAAUUUUUUACGAUUUAUUGUAAUUUUUAUAUUCAUCGUAAAAAUUAUCUUAAAAAUGUUCCUGAAAGCAUAAAAUCUUCUAUAUAUAUUCCAAUGAAAUUCCACUUUCACAUUUUUAUUCACUCAAUCAAUGACAUUGUUAGCCUUCAUUUCCAAUGGCAAAAAUCCUAGAACUACUUUAUAUUUUAGUUUACUAAAUUCCUCAACUAGAUCCAGUUAAAAUAUAUGUUAUAUAUUCCGAAAUUUAAAAAAAAUGAUUUGGAGUUACUACGAGAGAAAAUAAUUCCUAUAUGCAUUUCUUCUGAUGAUUUUUUUAAAGACUCCUUUUGAAGCUCCUUUAGGGAUUCGCACAAAAAUCUGGGAAUCCUCUAAGGUUUCCAUCCAGGCAUUAAUCCAGGAAUUCGAUCUACGAAAGCUAUGAAAAGAUUCGAAGAUUAUUUGGAUGUUUUCUAAAACAAUACGCUUGGAACUCUUCUAGCACAAGCUACUGAAAGUUUUCCAUGAAAAACUCUCGAAAGAAACUUCUGAGGGAGUCCCAUAAAACAUGUGGAACAUUCUAAAAAGGAACAUCUUCUAAUGAAGUCACGACAUGAACGCUUCAAGGAUUUCCGUGAGAAAAUUUAGGAGAAUUCUUAGAUGCAUAAAAACGCCUGGAGAUAUCCAAGUUGAACUUCUGGAGGGCUCCUAGAAGGAACUUUUUCAGGAUUUUCAGAAAGAAAUCCUGAAAAAUUUACAGCAGAAAAUCCUGAAGAGUUAUCAGAAAUGCUGGAGGGUUCCUAGGAGAAAGCCCUGUAAGAGGAUUCUCAGUAUGAAUUCCAAGAGAAUUGCUGAAGGAAGGUAAUCCAGGAACGAAUUUAUGGAUGAAUUCCAGCAGGACCUUCUGCUGAAAUCCUCAAAGAUACUCUUGGAGAAAUCUAAAAAAAUCCCUAGUCGUAUCUCAGAAGUAUUUGGUGUUUUUUUGGACUUGCAGUCUUUAGUGCGUAAUCCCAGAAGGAAUUCUAUGAAGUAUUUCAUGCGAGGUAUGCACUUCAAACGGAGUCACUCUAGUAAUUUACGUUCAGUGCAUUAUUUUUCCGUGACCGAAAUGGUUAAUAAAUUUAACACAGUAAGCCCCGUUUGAUUUGACGUUUGGUUUCAGCUCCGUACUAGGAUCCGGAAUAUAGUGACGCUUGCUCAUUUCUUGAGCGACACCUUGAUUGAAUUUUAUAUGCAUCGAGAUAGCGCAAGAAAUUUCUUGUGAUCUGCGUACUACCCAUUGGAAGAAAUUUCUGAAGAAAUCCAAGAAAAACUUCUAAGAACUCAAGGUAUAACUCCUUGAGAAACAUCAAUGAAGGGAGAAACUUCUGGAAGAAUUUCAAAUGGGACAUCUGGGUAAAUCCUUUGGUUCAUCUCAGAAGGACCUCCCGAAGGAAUUCCGAAUCGUGGAUGAAAUCAAUUUCGAAUUCCUUAAGAAAUUAUAGUUUUUGGUGGAACUCCCCAUAGAAACUUCUGGAGGAUUUAAAAAAGGGACAUCUCGUUGAUUUCCAUCUUAUUCCCUCACUUUCCUUUCCCCUAUCCCAUCCCUUAUUCCUCCCUUCCAUCUCCCUCAGGUAAAUGAUGAAUAACAUAAAACAAAGACUAAACAGAUGAAAUACGCAAAACUGUUCUUGCUCAACAGCACAAUUGUGCUGGUUCGUCACGAAAAGGAUACCUAUAGAAACUUCUAAUUGAAUUUAAAGAGAUAGGGGAAUUCAGGUAUUUUGGACAGACCGUUACGCGUACAUAUUUUGGACAUUUACGGCAAAAUCAAAUGGAAGUGUCCAAAUUAUAUACGUGUACCGGUCUGUCCAAAUUACCUGAAUCACCCUAACUAAGACUAACUGAGAACUGUUAAAUCGUGUAAAUAAUGAAGAAUACAAAUAUUCACCUCAAACUAUAAAAUUUCACCUGGCAUCCCUGCAUCUAGUGCCUUUAGGUAUAGUGAUGGUUGUUGGCAAUGCUCUAAAUUUCACAGGUUAGGCCGUUAGGCCCAUCGAACAAAGUGGUGUUUGUGAAAUGAUAAUUUUGAAGUAGUAGUCGUGUCAUGUCAACUUCGGCAAGCCACACUUGUGGAGCAAGAAAAUGAUAAUUUUUGAUUGAAUGUCGGUCUUGAUUCCAACCGGAUAGACAAUACGUUUAACCGGACCUGUGAAUAAUUGACAUCGGGUUGUUGUGUAGUAUUUUUUGUCAUGAUGCUUUGACAUAAACUAAAAUAAUUUUGUUAUUGUUAUUUGGCUCCAAACCCUUCAACAGAACAGCAGAUCUUAGCGAUUAUUUCUAGAAGCAGAAAACAAUUACCUGAAAAAUCUGUACAUUUACACACCAGCAAAAGGUUCAGAGUCAACAACAGUGCCCGCAAAAUACAGGAGAAAAAGCACGAUUGCUGAGGCUGAUAUAUACCGUAUAGCAACGGGUAAUCGACAAGUCCAGUAUCGAGCAAACUGUCUUCAAUCCGGUAUGAUGUCCGAUUCAACUCCAAGAAACCAUUCUAGCAUCCACACUAGCAACGUGAUCACAGAACUGAGUGCUUCUUUUACCAUCGAGAAUGCGCAUCUUCGACUGAAACCCUUUCCUUGUUCACUAAAAUCGCCUCCAAUAUUCUCGAACGAUCGGACCCAGAAAUGGUAUUUGGAAAUUUCCCACGAGACUCACAAUAGAUAUCUAAUCGUGUACAACACUUACAUGAUGGUAGAAUGUGCGGACGUUGUUUAUGCGGAAUAUAUGGUUUCUGUUGUUGAUGAUGAAGGCGAUAAAAUCUUGCUCUGGAGCAGUUCGAGCAAGGAAUACACCAGUGCAUCUUCGCGAGCAAAAGGUGUAAUCGUAAGCAAAGCGGCGUACGAUUUAAUAAAUAAUCGAAAGUGGGUGGUUGAUGAUAAAUUAACCCUAUACUGCGAGGUGAAGGCAAUUACAGUGACUAACGAAGGAUCAAAAGUUCGGUUCAGCCUACCGGACGGCGCUCUACCGGACGUCUAUCCGAUCAGGCUCUCUAUGCUGACAUCCCCGAAAUUCACGGAUGUCGUCCUAGUGUUUGGUGAACGGGAGCUGAAGGCACACAAGGCCAUGCUGGUUGCUCACAGUUCCGUAUUCGAGGCCAUGUUCCAUUCCGACAUGAGAGAAAGCUCUGAGAAUCGUGUAGAGAUCGAAGAUUUGGAUUACGAAGUGGCCGAUCAAAUGCUUCAGUUCAUCUAUACGGACAAAGCUCCUAAAUUGGAACUGAUGGCGGAUCGUCUGCUAAAGGCAGCCGAUAAGUACGACCUGAAACGGCUCAAGAUCUUCAGCGAACAGGCUCUGUGUGGACAACUUUCGGUGGAUAAUGUGGUGAAUAUGCUGGCGCUGGCCAGUCGGCACAAUGCGGAUCUUCUGGCUUCACGCGCCAACGAAAUUGUUGCGAAUAAUAUUGGAAAGGUGAUGCUCACGCAGGACUGGCAUGAUAUGAUUGAAUCAUUCUCGGUGUCAGUACAGAGAAACAAAGAUUAGCGGCAUCUUCAUCAUUAUACUUAGUUGUUUAGCUAUAAAAUUUACAUGAAAUAAUGAAUACAAUCUAUAAAUAUAUCACAUUCGCAUUUUUAUUCUGCUUGGAAGAAAUAUAAAAAACAACAGAAUGAAGAACCUCGUAGAAAAAAGUUUUCUUCUAGAACACAUCUAUGAAAACACCGUGGCCUUGCUGUUCACGCUUCAGACUUAGAACAAUUUCGUAAGCUUUCGGACUUUAGCCAGCCUCCUUGAGGAAACACUCCAGCAAGUUCCUUCGGAUUUCAUCAGAAGCUAUCAAGAGAAUCUCGGAUGGAAUUCCGGGAGGAUUCCCGAAACUCUAUAAAAUAUCCCUUGAAGUCCCAGAAAGAAUUUCAGAAAGAAUCCAGGUUUUCCAGAUUUUCUUCAGGAACUCUUUCUGCACAUCCUUCUGGAAUUCCUCUGCAAGUUCAUUCUAGAUUUUUUUUUCCAAU